AUGGCCGCCGCCGUCGCGCCGCCACCGCCGCAAACCGAGACGGCGCCCGUCGCAGCGCUCUGGGACGAGCUCUGCGCCGCCCCCCAACCGCCGCCGCCGCGUCGCGUCGUCAUCUGCGCGGCGACGACGCGGCUCGUCGAGCUGGCGCGCGCGGCCCUGAGCGAUGAUGUAUCAACGGAGUCCGCGACGGUCGGCUGCUGCGCGGUCUCCGCGGUCGAGGGCGCCGAGACGUGGCAAGUCGUGGGCCGGCCCGCCGUCGCCGCGGACCUCGUGAGGCCGGAGAGCGCGGUCGGAGGCGCCCUGCGCGCCGCCUCGCACUCCGCCGCCGUCGUCGUCGUCGACGGUGGCCACGCGCCGGCCGCCGCUUUCCAGAGCUGGCUCACGGCGCUCGACGGCGCGCCCACUUUGGUAAUCGCCUUCGGCGGGUCGCGGCUGGGCGCGCUGCGGCGGCGCUGCGGCGACGCGGGCGUCGCGCUCGCGGCGCUGCGCGAGGCGGGCGACGCGACGAUGCGGGCGACGCUCCGCGAGGCGUUGAUGGCGUUGCUGACGGGCGCGGCGUCCCCGGCGUCGCGCUACGACGGCGACGAGGCCUUCUACGCGCCGGGCGAGGCCGCUUUGGACGCGCCGGACGGCGACGACGGCGUCGUGGAGGAGCUGGCGGCGCCACCAACCGUGAUCGAGGACCGGGACGCGUGGCUCCAGAACCUGGCAAAUCGCGCGGGUGAUCACGAGGCGCCGGCGACGCCCACGGCCGCGGCGGCCGCGGCGGCGCCGACGCCGGAGUCGUCCAACGCGCGAAGCUUCUUCGAGGGGCUCCUGAAUUCGCCGGGCAAGUAA